UAACGAAAAUGCAUCACUGUCAAAAUCAGCUGUUUAUCCUUGCACUGGCACUCCACAAAGGAGAUUAAUGACAAUUUCUCUCUAUUUUCUUUUUUUUUUUGAAAAUCCCACUGAUUUAUCGAUCGUAACUAACUAGUCGCCAGUGCCAUGUCUUGCCAAGAAAGAGUACAAGAGGAGCUUGAGGCUCUAGAGGCCAUUUUAAUGGAUGAUAUCUCGAUUUUCUAUGACGAUCAGGGUUGUGCUGAACUAGUCAGAUCUGUUAUAUUCCCUUCUACUGCCAAUGAAGUUGAAAAGCAGUAUGUGUGCAUUACUUUAGAAGUGGAACUCCCAAGGGACUAUCCCGAUUGCAAGCCUGUUAUAAGGCUGAAGGCCCCUAGGGGCCUGGACGAUUCCAAUGUUGACUAUUUACAUAAAGAAAUUGAUAAAAAAUGUGAUGAGUAUGUUGGACAGCCCGUAAUAUAUGAACUUAUAGAGCUUAUAAGGGAAAACUUAACAGAGAGUAACUUGCCAAAGUGUCAGUGUGCUGUAUGUCUUUAUGGAUUUUCGGAAGGCGAUUACUUUACAAAAACCCAAUGCUUUCACUAUUUUCAUAAUUAUUGUCUUGCCAAUCACCUUAUUAUCACUGCAAAACAUUUUAAAGAGGAGCAAGACAAAUUACCCGCAUGGAAAAGGAGCACCAGUGAUUUUCAAGCCACAUGUCCAGUGUGUAGAGAAUCAAUAUUCUGUGAUGUUGACGAGCUCAAAACGGCAGUACCACCCAAAGAACUACAAAACGCUCAACAGUUCGAGGUGACCCAGGAAUUGAAGUUGCUACAGCAAAAAAUGCAAAAUCUGUUUAUUUACCAGAAGAAUAAGGGAGGAAUUAUCGAUGUGGAAGCCGAGGAGAAUAAGUUGCUGCUUAUUACGAAUUCUGGGGACGGUGCUGAGGGAGAGGCUGCCAGUGAUCCUGGUCCUAGUCCGGCAAGCAACGUGCCAGAACCGCCGAUCCAGAACGGCGUAACUGGCCGUAACCAAAGACAUUAUUCCCGUUACGCCCAUCACAGAUGACUAUGGCAUUCCAUAAAGCAGAUUAAAACAAUUGCAAACAGUAUAUCCCAAAAUACUCUUAUUCUAGAUGUCGUUCGAUUUUGAUAUUCCACUAUUUAGCAGUCGAUGCUAUACUACUACUACGUGUUACCUUCCCAGUGUAAUAGAUGUUUUUGUUUUUUACUGAUUUUUGUAUUUAGAUUUAUUAUUUUUUGUUUAUCGCCUAUAGACGAUGUAAGUGUACGAUGUGUUAACUAUCACUUAGAUAGACGAUGUAAUAAUAAGACAAACAUUUAUCGUCA